UUCCCAAAAUCAUUACUAUAUUAGUACUAAUUUUAUUAUAAUUAUUGUGUCCAUACACCAGAGAGGAUGAUUAAACAACAAGCACUAGAGCCUUGUUGUGGAGGCUGUGUGUGUGGCGAGUCGACCAUGGUGAUGACUGGUUUCUAUUUUUAGCUACCAUUUUUCUGUAAAUCACCCAGUUUCAUCUCUGUUAUCUUUCCUUUUAUAGAAACCACCUCUUCCUUUGUUACUGUUUGCUAACAAUUUUUGACUUCACAGUUAAAAAACCUGUUGCUGUUGUUGUUGUUGACUUGUUGUGUUGUUGUAGUUCACUGCACCACACAGAAUCUUUCCCUCUUGUUUGGAGUUUGAGGAUUCCGAGGUCGGUGCCUCGUAGGUUGUGUGGUCUGCGUGGAAAGAGAAUUCUUAGGGUUUUGUGUAAAGUUUUGAUUUUGACUGUCAAGUUUCAAGCUUUUGGAGAUUGGAGAGCGGUUUGGGCAACUGGGUCUUUCUCAUUUGCCUCAAUUUGUUACAUUGUUUCACUGACUGGGCAUGCCAUGGUUCUUCUAUGGAGGUUGGGUUCAAGCAUUCAGACAGUGUUAAACCUUUGCAGGCCUACAUAAACUGGAAAGGAAUGUCUUGUGCAAAUUCAUGUUCGAAGGGAUAACAUUGGUUGAAUUUCAAUUUCAAAAUUUCUCUGCAACCUUAUAAUGGAAGACCACCUUUCCCCUAAGGGAAAAGGAAUUGGUUAUUCGGCAUCGUUCGAUGGUGGAAUGAAAAAUUCAGCUUCGGAGGACAUGUUUAACAACAUCUCCGAGCUCAUGAACUUCGAUACUUAUGCUGGUUGGUGCAAUAGCCCAUCCAUGACUGAUCCGAAUUUGGCUAACGGUCUUACGCCAUUUGUUUCGGUACCAUACCCACCACCUGAUGGAUUGAAUUUAGUGGAGCAGAGCAGUGGUCCCUUCUUUAUGACAGAAGCCACUGGAAAUUACAAUGAUAUGCAAAGCUCGCCCAGUUAUGGCGACAGAGUUGUAUUACAGCAAAUGGAAAACCAAUUUGAGUUCUUUGAUGUUCUAAAUGAUACAAAUAACUUAGAUGCUAAACAAAAACAAAGUGUCCCAUUUCAGCAACUUAAUACCUCAGAUAUGGGCAAUCAUAUAAUGUCCUGGUCAUCUAGUUGGUCACUUGAUGAGAGAAUGCUGAAGGCUUUGUCCUUCUUUAAGGAAUCAGCUGGUGGGGGAAUAUUGGCACAAGUCUGGGUACCCGUAAAGCAUGGUGAUGAAUUCAUCUUAAGCACAAGUGAGCAACCCUAUUUGCUAGAUCAUAAGCUUGCAGGGUAUCGUGAAGUGUCAAGGACGUUUACAUUUUCUGCAGAAGGAAAAGCAGGCUCUUGUCCUGGGCUUCCUGGUCGCGUGUUCACCUCCCAUGUUCCUGAAUGGACAUCCAAUGUUGGUUACUACAAUAAAACUGAGUACUCGCGGUUGGAGCAUGCGAUUAAUCAUGAGGUUCGGGGAUCAAUUGCUCUUCCUAUAUCCGAUCCGGACUCUAAAGUGCCAUGUAGUGCUGUCCUUGAACUUGUCACUACAAAGGAAAAGUCUAAUUUUGACAGAGAAUUGGAAAUCGUUUCUCAGGCGCUCCAGCAUGUACAUUUAAGGACUAUUACGCCGCCACGACUUCUUCCUCAGUCUCUAUCAAAUAACAAAAGAGCUGCUUUAUCUGAGAUAAUUGAUGUGUUACGAGCUGUAUGUCAUGCCCAUAGAUUGCCACUGGCACUUACAUGGAUUCCCUGUUGUUACAGUGAGGGAAUAGGAGAUGAAACCGAGAGAAUCCGAAUUAAAGAAGGCCAUAUAAGUUCUAAUGAAAAAUGUGUUCUAUGUAUUGAAGAAUCAGCUUGCUAUAUAAAUGAUAAAAUGGUAGGAGGAUUUGUUCAUGCAUGCACUGAACAUCAUCUCGAGGAAGGGCAAGGUAUAGCUGGGAAAGCUCUUCAAUCAAAUCAUCCAUUCUUCUAUCCCGAUGUCAAGUCUUAUGAUAUCAGUGAAUAUCCCCUUGUUCAUCAUGCACGCAAAUAUAAUUUGAAUGCGGCAGUUGCAAUUAGGCUAAGGAGUACAUAUACUAAUGAUGAUGAUUACAUAUUAGAAUUCUUUCUGCCUGUCAAUAUGACAGGGAGUUUAGAACAGCAACUUCUAUUAGACAAUCUCUCAGGUACUAUGCAGAGAAUUUGUAAGAGUUUGAGGACCGUUUCAGAUGCUGAAUUAACAGGGAUAGAAAGCUCCCAAGUUGGGUUUCAAAAGGAAAAAGUCCAAGGUAUUUUUCCUAUAUCCGGUAGAAACUCUCAGACGGCAUCAAUAGGUUGUGACUAUGAUUUGGACCGGAAGAUGUACUUGAAGGCAACUAACCUGAGAAAUAAUGGAAUCGAAGCUGCUAGAAGCCAGGCAAUUAAUGGAUCAAGAAAGCAGGUUGAGAAAAAGAGAAGUACAGUGGAGAAGAAUGUUAGCUUGAGUGUUCUCCAACAAUACUUUUCUGGCAGUCUGAAGGAUGCUGCGAAAAGCAUUGGUGUUUGCCCAACAACUCUUAAGAGGAUAUGCAGGCAACAUGGAAUUUCAAGAUGGCCGUCCCGCAAGAUUAAUAAAGUGAAUCGUUCAUUAAAGAAAAUACAGAUUGUGCUUGACUCUGUCCAAGGAAUGGAAGGAGGGCUGAAGUUCGAUCCUUGUACUGGGGGUUUUGUAGCAGGAGGAUCAAUCAUCCAAGACAUUAGUGCACAUAAAAGUAUUCUGUUCCCUGAGAGAAGUGCUGUGAAAGACACUGAGCCUGUAGUACGAGAAGUGGUCUCAGGAGUACCUCUAGCACCUGGUAGCCCAGGUGAGAACUCAGCCAUUGAGUUGGAGGAUGAUGGUGUUUGUUCGGUUGGGAACCAGCUUGUGCACUCAACAAGUGUACUUAUGUCUAAUUCCUAUGAGGGCGAGUUGAAGAUAGACAAUGCUUCUUCUGCUGAUGGUAGUGAAGAUUCAAAAUCAAUGGCUGUGGAUGAUGUGACCAAGGCUCAGGACUGUCCUGAACAAAACUCUCUAGGUUCUGUUCUUGAAAAAGAGGGGGACCAAUGGAGUUUGAACAAGUACGGUAUGGGAGUAGAAAAUUCCAUCCAUGAUAUUGUUUGUAAUACUAAUAGUUCAAUCUCCUUGAUUGAACUUAGCGGCGAUGGAGGAAAUGGUGCUGAUGAACAUAACCACCCCACUUCUUCAAGCAUGACAGACUCUUCCAAUGGCUCUGGCUCAAUGACGCUUGGCUGUUCAUCAGGCUCCCAGAGCUUUGAGAAUCAGAAGAAAUCGAAAGCCAAAUCAGCUUGUGUUGUUGAUAGUGGGUCAAAAAUGGUUGUCAAAGCUACCUAUAGAGGAGACACUAUCCGCUUCAAGUUUGAUCCAUCUGCAGGUUGUUUCCAGCUAUAUGAAGAAGUUGCAACAAGGUUCAAAUUACAAAACGGGUCAUUCCAGCUUCGAUAUCUAGAUGAUGAAGAGGAAUGGGUGAUGAUGGUGAAUGACUCAGAUUUGCAAGAAUGUGUAGAAAUUUUGGGUGAUAUUGGUGCAACUUGUGUGAAGUUUCUUGUUCGCGACACGACCGGUGUUUUAAGGAGCCGUAGCAGUAAUAGUUGCUUCUUGUCAGAGAGCUCAUAGUAGAUAUCAGUAUAUGAGAUGAUGCAUGGCUUCAAUGCAACAGUUGAAGAGUUUCAACAAUGUUUUGUUACUUAUACAUUCGCGUGUGGGUUCUGCGUCACUCUGGAUUCUAAAACCAUGCUGGUUGGAGGAGGUGCCUUUUAGCCUACCUAUACCAGAUGCAAAACAUCAUUUCUAUUGAAGAUCUUGCAGGUGUUGUGUGGGGCCAUUGAGUCAAAUGUUGCUUGUAGUUCAAUCUUCAAAUAAUAGAAGUUAAAGUAUGGUCAUGCUUCAAAUAGGAGGUAGAAUAGAUAGUAGUAAUAGCCUGUUAAAUAUAUAGUUCUGUAUAUGGUAGAUUAAAGCAGCAUAGAAGCAUAUAGUUGCACAAAGGACUGGCCCAAAUAGCUCUGGGUGCUUUAAUCUCAGUUUGUAUAGAUUUCCCAUCAGAAAAUAUGAUCAAGUGUAAAAAUUUCUGUAGAAUUGAGUCCUUGGUUCUUUUUCCUUACAAAAUAGUAGAUAGUUAGAAACAUGUACUGUGGAAUUAUAAGUUUCUCAAAAGGAAGAUGUGAUGUAAUUGGAUAGAUGAGUUUCAGCAA